AUGGGAGAAGUUUACCCAGCUUUCUUCCAAGCUCCACAACACAGGCCUAAACCCACAAAAACUGAAGCUGAAGGCAUCCCUUUGAUUGACCUCUCUGUUUUGAACCAAUCCUCUGUUUCCGAGGAUGAUUUGGCUCGAUUAAGAAAUCUUCAGAAGGCCGCUACUGAGGCUGUUGAAGAGAUCUCUCGAAAUGGUUUGAAAGUUCUUGAUGAUAAAGUGGAAAAUUUUGCUUCUGGGGCAUGGCAAGCAUUAGGAAAUGCAUUCAAAGGAGGUUCAACCUUAGUACACCAGCUCGAGAAUUCUGCUUUAAUUUUUGCUGAAUCGGUUCAACAUGGUAGUUUACCUGGGUCUACUCCCUCAAUCAUUGAGAUUGGAAAAGCUCUUACUGACAAGGGCAUGCAAGUGCUUGAGUUAGUUGGAAAAGAGACUUUGGAUCUUCUUAUAUCAGAGACUGGUAUGGACACCAAUAAAAGAUCUGGAGAGGAUGGAGGAAUAGAUGAUGAUCAGUAUCCCGAGGAAGUUACUUUUGAUAGAUGCUUCUACAUUUAUGGAGGCCCAGAGCAAUUGGAGGAGUUGGAGGCAUUAUCCAACCAUUAUGCACUAUUGUUCAACCGAAGAAAAGCAAAGCUCUCUUCUGAACAGAUAUCUGUUUGUGGCGGGAAACUUAAACAGGUCCAGCAGAUUUUUUACUUGACUUCUGAAUUUGAUGGAAGUGGUGUUGAUUCCGAAAAAUGGAAGAAGGUAGAUGCUGGAGUCGAGAGCACUGCUGAUGAGAUAAAAACCUUGCAUGAUUCCAGUGUCAAAAAGGCAGCUGAGUUAGCAGCUGGGUAUUGUUGUCACCCUUUUAUUAUUAGUUUUUGUUGA